AUGUCAAAGAUGUCAUUAAUUUUGUAACACUUGUACUGGCCUACUUCUGAUGAUUGUUUAACUUGUAAUAAUAUUGGUAAUAUUGAAAUUGUUGGAUCAACAUGCAGAUGUCCAUCAGGAUUAUUUUAUAAUGCAGUGUCUAAAUCAUGUUCUUAGUGCCAUUCAUCCUGUUAAACUUGUUUUCAAGGAACAUUUGAUAGUUGUUUAAGUUGUGAUACAUCUUUAAAUAGAAUAUUAAAAGGAUUAUAAUGUGUAUGUUCCCCUGGCUAUUAUGAAUUAAAUAGUAUUUGUACAAGUAUUUAGAUUAUUAUUAAUUUUAGAUUGCCCAGAUAUAGAAGAUAUUUUAUUAAGUACAUGUUAUAAAUUAUGCACUAAUAAUUAAUAAUUAUGGCAUACAAUUACUUGUAAUUCUUGUGAUGAAGGAUUUCAUUUAAUUUAUGGAGAAUGUUAACCUAUUUGUGGAGAUCUAUAAAUAUACGGAUAUGAAUAAUGUGAAGAUAAUAAUACUCUUUUCGAUGAUUUAUGCUUUAAUUGUUAAUUUUAAUGUCCAGCUCAUUGUCUAACUUGUGAUGAGUCAACUACUUUACCUUGUCCUGAUGUUUGUGGAGAUGGAAUGAUUACUGGAAUGGAAGAAUGUGAAGACGGAAACACUAUAUAAUAUGAUGGAUGCUUUGAUUGUAAAUUUUAAUGUUAACUUUAAUGUACAAAAUGCAUUAAAGGAUAAUGUUUUGAAUGUAAUACUGGUGGUUGGUAUGUUGAUCCGACAGUUUAACCUUGGAUAUGUAAAGAAAGAUGUGGAGAUUAAUUAAUAGUUGGAUAAGAAUAAUGUGAUGAUGGAAAUUAAGAUGAUACAGAUGGAUGCAAAAAUUGUAAAUAUUUCUGUAGAAUUGGAUGUUCUUCUUGCAAUUAUAAUACUAAUAAAUCUUUAAGUUGUGAAUUACCUGGAUUUUUUCCACAAUAUUUUUAUUGCAAAAAUUAUUGUGGAGAUGGGUUUGUUGUAAAAGAUCCAUAUGGAUUCUAUUCUGAAGAAUGUGAUGAUGGAAAUAACACUAAUUCUGAUGGGUGCAAUAACUAUUGUCGAUUUUAGUGUUAGCCAUAAUCAAUUUGCAUAAAUUGUGUAAAUAAUCGAUGUGAAUAAUGUGCUCCUCACUAUUUGCUCUCUGAUUCCAAAAUAUGUAUUCCAAUAUGUGGAGAUUAAAUAAUAGUACCUUAUGAACAAUGUGAAGUUCCAUUUAUAUUACCCUAUAAGGGUUGUUAGAAUUGCUAAGCAAAAUGUUAAUCCUCAUGCAUUACUUGUGAUAAUACUGGACUAGGUUGCAAAGCUUGUAAGAAUGAUUACAAUAGAAUCGAUAAUUUAUGUUAUUCAAUUUGUGGAGAUAAAAUAGUUACAGAAGAUGAAGAAUGUGAUGAUGGGAAUUUAAAAUUUGGUGAUGGUUGUCAUUAAUGUUCUUUUAGUUGUCCUGUUUUUUGUUCAGAUUGUCGCAAGGGUGUUUGUUAUGAUUGUCAUGAAGGUUAUUAUUUACUUAAGUAUUCCUGCUUUAAAAUUUAUGAUUACUAUCCUGAUCCAAGAUGUAAUUCUUAAUGUUUGAGCUGUAGUAUCGGAGGACAUGGUUGUUCAGUAUGUUAAAGUGGAUUUUAAAAUAUUAAUGGUACUUGUACACCUAUUUGUGGAGAUAAAUUAGUUGUUGCAGAUGAAUAAUGUGAUGAUGGUAAUAUAAUAUUUGAGGAUGGAUGUCAUGUAUGUUCAAAACCUUGUUCUUGUUCGUAUUGCUUUGAGGGUAUCUGUUUUAGUUGCCCAGAUAAUCAUUUCUUAUUUAAGAAUUAAUGUUUUAACUUAGUAGAGUAGGCUAAUUUUAAGGAAACUACUAAUUUUUAAUUCUCAGACUUAAGCAUUAUUUAAACAUUCAAAGAUAAAUCUACUUAAACUAGUAGAAUUCACCUAAAAAUUGACCAAUUUGAAAAAUAAGUGUAUAAUCAAGUUGGUCAAUAUAUAGAAAUCAUGGAUAAAGAUUAUUCAUAUAUAAAUAUUUAAAUCAUUUUCCAAUGCUCUUAGAAUAAGAAAGUUAAAAGUCAAUUUAGUAUAUCGAAUUAUGAGAAUGGAACUAAUAAUUAAGAAAAUCUAUGGUUAAAUCAAUGCCAUUAAACAGUUGAUCAUACAAUAACAUAUUCUUUUAGGUUAGAAAAAGUAGUUUUGAAAGAUGAAAUUAUGUUAAUUUAAAUUUCUGAAGAUGAGUUGAUAUUAUCAAUUCUAUUUAUACGGUCUCCAUAGAAACUGUUAUAAAUCACAUUGGUUGAUAUUUGA